UGUCCCAGCUGCUGGUUUCCCUGGUAACUGAUGAUCCCACCUGACAUCAGCGUCAGCUCUCCUAUAGAUGGUAGCCUCCUCCAGUAGCAGUGAAGGUUGUUGCCACGUCCUGCGGUCCUGCUCGCCACUGCCAGUUGCCACGUACGAUGGAGAGUUGCUCCAGGACUCUGUUUUAGACUUAUGUCACAAGACAGAAAAACUCUAUUUUUAUUUGAACCGUGGGCACUAUAAUUUCCCUUGGAAGAACAGUCUUGACUGCAACAACACAGAAGACUAUGGGAGAAACUGCUUCCUUGGGAGGUGCAUGGUGAGUGGACUCAAGCCUCUGCUCUGUAACCCUCUUCCCAGUCCCCGUGUCACCAGCUACCCACCCAUCUUGGGUCUAGAACUGAAGGACCAUUAAGAUCCAUAGAGGCAAAGACCGCAGACUCACUCUUAGUCCUCUCCAAGGGAUAUGGAAAAGCGUCUUACAGUUGCCCCCAUUCUCCUCCCACCCAACCAGCAUCUCCGUUUAAAGAGGGCUUUUCAGUAGUACCCCCAAAGACAAAAAGGAAAAGGCAAUUCGCUCCUACUUGGGUGGUGCGGCCCGGGGAGGGGCCAGGAGCGGGAACGUGCCCUGCGCUGCCCAGUCUUUGUCUGCUGCCUCCGGAUGCACAGCGAUGGGGGAAUGGACCAUCUUGGAGAGGCUGCUGGAAGCCGCGGUGCAGCAGCACUCCACUAUGAUCGGGAGGAUCCUGUUGACUGUGGUGGUGAUCUUCCGGAUCCUCAUUGUGGCCAUUGUGGGGGAGACGGUGUACGAUGAUGAGCAGACCAUGUUUGUGUGCAACACCCUGCAGCCCGGCUGUAACCAGGCCUGCUAUGACCGCGCCUUUCCCAUCUCCCACAUACGUUACUGGGUCUUCCAGAUCAUAAUGGUGUGUACCCCCAGUCUCUGCUUCAUCACUUACUCUGUGCACCAGUCUGCCAAGCAGCGAGAACGCCGCUACUCUACUGUCUUCCUGGCCCUGGACAGAGACCCCCCUGAAUCCAUGGGGGGUCCUGGAGGAACUGGGGGUGGGGGCAGUGGUGGUGGCAAACGAGAAGAUAAGAAGUUGCAAAAUGCUAUUGUCAAUGGGGUGCUGCAGAACACAGAGAACACCAGCAAGGAGACGGAGCCAGAUUGUUUAGAGGUUAAGGAGCUGACCCCACACCCAUCAGGGCUGCGCACUGCAGCUCGAUCCAAGCUCCGAAGGCAGGAAGGCAUCUCCCGCUUCUACAUUAUCCAAGUGGUAUUCCGAAAUGCCCUGGAGAUUGGGUUUCUGGUGGGCCAAUACUUUCUCUAUGGCUUCAGUGUUCCAGGGUUGUAUGAGUGUGACCGCUACCCCUGCAUCAAGGAGGUGGAAUGUUAUGUGUCCCGGCCUACCGAGAAGACUGUCUUUCUAGUGUUUAUGUUUGCUGUGAGCGGCAUCUGUGUUGUACUCAACCUGGCUGAACUCAACCACCUGGGAUGGCGCAAGAUAAAGCUGGCCGUGAGAGGGGCCCAGGCCAAGAGGAAGUCAGUCUAUGAGAUCCGCAAUAAGGACCUGCCCCGGGUCAGUGUUCCCAAUUUUGGCAGGACUCAGUCCAGUGACUCUGCCUAUGUGUGAAGGGGCAAGUUUAGGGAAGGCCUGGGGGAUGACAAGCAGCCCCAAGGCAGAUGAUUGCUUGGGAGUGUCUCUAUCUGCUCUUAUUUAUGUGACAGUCAUCACUGAGAUGUAGAGUGUGGUUGGUUAAGAGAAGAUCUUGCAUCAGUGGGAGAGGAGAGAAAGUAGAACCAUUACCACAUCAUGUCGCUGGUUCCAGAGACAGUUGGGUAGAGUGAUGUGAUGGAUGCAUUGGACUUCAUUGGGACCUUUUCUUUUGUGGUUCAGUUUGAUCCUGAUCAUAGUGGACUUGCACAGCUACCAAGUAGACUUAGCUCUGCUAAGCUCUGUAUUCUGGUGAAUGGCAUGAGUCAAAUAUUUCAUUGGUACAAAAUUUACGACCUUUCUCAACACAUCCCAUCAUCCUGGGCUGCAGGACAAACAUUCCUGAGGCAUCCUUCAAGGACCUCCCUCAUCAGCAUGUCCCUCUCCCUCAACCCAAGAUAGCAUGCCAGCUUUUUUCUCAAUCUGGCCUUAUGGUAGACCUAAUAUGGUUUAUCUGAAAGCAAGAGGGUUCCAUGGGGUGCUUUUCGAAGAAUGGCCAGGGCAGAAGUUUGCAUCAUAGCCCCAUCUGACCGGCCCUUAUUCAUUAUGAAAACCUUCGGAAUGUCUCAAUAUUUCCAGUUUUUUAACUCAAACUGCACUGGUGCUGUUUAUUAGGGGCAGGGGAUGGGUGGGUGGGAGGGAAUUGCAAUAUGCAACUACAACACUCCUGUGGGUUGGUUGUUGCACUGUUAGGCAUGUGGUUAUGAGCUUUGGGAUAUUUCUGCCUUGCAGCUUGUGGACUUUGGACAGCAUUAAAAAUAUUUUUGUUGUUGUUAAUAUCAAGGGUGUCUACCCGAGCCACAGAAUUUCUAACUGGUGUAUUUCACUUGUUUUCUUGUAUGGUUUUGUUGCACAACACAGCUGCACUUCAUUUUGCCAUGGUUUGAAUUUACCUGUGUGCUCACACCAGAGACCUUAAUCAGCCCAUGUCAAUCCUGAUUUAUUAUUUUAUCAGUUAUUUUUGAAACACACAUAAUCACCGGCUAAGAAAUCUGAAAAUAAACACUAUUGGCUAACAUGUGUUUACGGAUGCUUAUUUGAGACAUAUACCAAAGGUUCAAAAACCUAUUGCUUUGGACUGUGAAUAUAUUUCCUUCUCUUUGCUCUUAUUUAUUUAAGUGCCAUACUGUACCUUUCAUAUCCACUGUGUAUUUAGUUAAAGCAUUGGCCAAGAGUAGUAUUUGGAUAAUGUGCUUUUAUGAAGCUUUCUGUUUCCUUUGCAUCAUCAUUAUGAUUUUUUUUUUGGUUUAGAUAUGGAUAUGGUGUAAUACAAACCUAAAGAUUUGUUUAAAAUAAAGUUCUUGCCUUUUUUUUAAUGGGGAGAGUCUGCAAUUUUCUAUUUUUUAUUGGGGUUCUGUUUAUUUAAAUAUAUGUUUAAAAUGUUUUGUUAUAUAUUCAAAAAACCAGAACUUUGGGGCAGGAAGUUAGGGAUGGAUGAAUAUUAUUUGAGGGAUGACUGAUAAAAUCCAGCCACCAGCAGAUAAGAAGAGGCUGGUACAUUUUGUGAAUGUUUUGAAGAGUGUGAAGAGGUAUUCAAAUAGUAGUAUUUACUAACUCAUUUUCAUUUUAGCACAAGAUUUCUCUGCCUGUCUAAGGAUGUUUCUUACAAUAAAAUGUCAAUGCUGUAACAUAA